UCCGGCGGGCGCGCGGCCAUGGCGCGGCCGGGGAUCCCUGCCCCGCUCCUGGUGCUGCUCCUGCUCGGCGCGGGGCUCGCGCACAGCUCCGGCCCUCUGCCCCUGGUCCUCAACACUUGGCCUUUUAAGAAUGCAACCGAAGCAGCAUGGAGGACCUUAGCGUCUGGAGGCUCUGCCCUGGAUGCGGUUGAGCAGGGCUGUGCCGUGUGUGAGCGGGAGCAGUGUGACGGCACCGUGGGCUUUGGAGGGAGUCCUGAUGAGCUCGGAGAAACCACACUGGACGCCAUGAUCAUGGACGGCGCGACUAUGAACGUAGGAGCGGUAGGAGAUCUCAGGAGAAUUAAAAAUGCAAUUGGUGUGGCUCGGAAAGUGCUGGAACAUACAACACACACGCUGUUAGUGGGAGAGUCAGCCACCAAGUUUGCUGAAAGUAUGGGGUUUAUCAGUGAGGACUUAUCUACCACUGCUUCUCGAGCCCUUCACUCAGACUGGCUUGCUCGAAAUUGCCAGCCAAACCACUGGAGGAAUGUUGUACCAGAUCCUUCAAAAUACUGUGGGCCUUACAAGCCACCUAGUAUCUUAAAGCAAGAAGGUCCUACCCAUAAAGAAACAGGAGAUAAUUACGGUCAUGAUACAAUUGGCAUGGUCGUAAUCCAUAAGAUGGGACGUACUGCUGCUGGUACAUCUACAAACGGUAUAAAAUUCAAAAUACCUGGUCGAGUAGGAGAUUCGCCAGUCCCCGGAGCGGGCGCCUACGCGGAGGACAGCGCGGGAGCGGCUGCAGCCACCGGCGACGGCGACAUUCUGAUGCGCUUUCUUCCCAGCUACCAAGCUGUAGACUAUAUGAGAAGAGGAGAAGAUCCAACCGUAGCCUGCCAGAAAGUGAUUUCCAGAAUUCAGAAGUAUUUUCCAAACUUCUUUGGGGCCGUGAUAUGUGCCAAUGUCACUGGAAGUUAUGGUGCUGCUUGCAGUAAACUUCCCACAUUUACUCAGUUCAGUUUCAUGGUUUAUAAUUCUUUGAAAAACCAGCCAACUGAAGAAAAAGUAGACUGCAUCUAAUCCAUCGUUUCCGUCGGCAUCUCUAUAAUAAAGAGGAAAGAAACAAAGGCUGAAAAGGUGCCUCACUGUCCUCGGGUUCUAUGCCUCACGCAUUCUACCUUCCUUGCGUAGAAGAGGCACAAAAAUAAAUGUGUGCUGAAGCAGUACUUUCCCUUUCUGUAUCCAAAGUGGGUCUUGGGAUCUUUUUAUUUAAGCUUUGUCUCCCCUGAACGUGAAUAUGUAUGCAUGUGUUUUGUAUACGUUUACAUUUUAAGUGCUAUUUGGAUUUCUGGUCAAUGUUUCAAGACAUUGCUACCUUCGGGAUUGAUUUCCACAUUGACAUAUUAAGAACAAAGGAAAUAAUGUGUAUUUGGAUACUUAAAAUAAUGAGAGUGUCCAAGGCUUUUAGACCCAAAAAACAAAAUAAUGAUGGGUCAUCAUGAUUAGUCCUGAUUCAGUUUCAUUGCCUUACAAUGAUGGGUCUCUUAUCACUGAUGAUCCAUUUUGCAUAUGGCUCCCUACCAGUUUGAAGGGGAAAGAAUGCCCUUAAUAAUAAAGGCGGGUUUGUUUUGUGUGUAUUAGAAGGUAUGGGCAAAUCUUCUGAUGAGCAACUGUGUUGAGUUUCUUUGUUUUUUUUUUUUUUCCUCUGAUGGAGUUCUCAGUGUGUGAAGCUUCUUUAGUCACAAAAAUCCCUGAUCUUUUCGCUACUAAUAGUAUUGAGAAUUUGUUGUGAAAAUGUAUUAGGGAGUGGGGUUGAUACGUCAGUGUUACUCAUCUCUUGGGUGUAGUUUGGUGACUGCAGUUGGAAACAGGGCAGUGAAAGGGUGUCUAGCUAGGCCUGUUUUCCUCGGCGCGCCAUCCGCUGUCUGACGGACAGCCAGAGAGUUGUCUGUGUGCCUUCUCAGCUCAUCUUUUCCUUCAAAAUCGUUAUCUUUUACAUAAACCUGUGUGUAGAAUAUUGUCCUCAAACUCUAGUAGAUCUGCUCUGAUUUUUUCCAACUCAUCUUAAUAUUUAAUGUUCUUUAUAAUUAAGGGCCAGAGAGCUGUAGUUUUGAGGAUGCUUUUAGUUCCCUUGUUCUCAGACCUUGCUCUGUGUAAGAGGUUCAGAGACCCUCUUCACAAACACCCUCUGCUCCAGCUGUGAGAACCCGACCAACGCCAUCUUGAAAGUGUCCCCCCAGGACGGCUGUGUGACCCGGGGAGUUCUGCCAAACACACACACACACACAUACACACACACACUCUCUCUCUCUCUCUCUCUCUCUUUCUUUCUUUAAACUAUACUCUUAAGUACAUCCUUGGGUCAAAACAUCCAGUCUGGAGAUCGGAUUAUGAUUCUCCAACGUUUCCUCUCAGGUGGUGGCCCAGCCUCCAGGGCUAUAAAAAGUAGAUUUUAUAGGAGGUGGGCUUGUGGCCCUCUGCUAAUCUUACAGCUGACCAAGAUACACUUCUGUUCCUGAGUCCCCUUAAUAAACCAUUUCUUGCCAAGCUGAA